CGGACAGUUUCAGACCACCGAGACUCAGAACCAGAACCAGAACCAGGACCGAGCUCAGGUUUUCAUCACGCUGUGAAGUCACACUGGAGAGAAGUUUGAUCACCGAGAGGACCGAGCUGAUUAACAUGGCGGAUUCAGCCGGACACAGUCGCUAUGAGCGUCUGACAGCAGAGCAGAUGGAUGAGCAGAGGAUCCAGAAUGUGGCCUAUCAGUAUCUCUGCAGGCUGGAGGAGGCCAAGAGGUGGAUGGAGGCGUGUCUGGGGGAGGAGCUUCCUGCUCCCACCGAGCUGGAGGAAGCGCUGAGGAACGGGGUCAUUCUCGCCAAGCUGGGUCACCGAUUCGCUCCGAACGCCGUCCCCCUGAAGAAGAUCUAUGACCCGGACCAGCUCCGAUACCAGGUUGUGGGUCUUCAGUUCCGUCACACCGACAACAUCAACCACUGGAGGAUCGCCAUGACGACGCUCGGGCUGCCGACGAUCUUCCACCCAGAAACUACAGACGUGUACGACAAGAAAAACAUGCCGAGAGCCGUCUACUGCAUCCACGCCCUCAGCCUGUACCUGUACAGACGAGGUCUGGCUCCACAGAUCCACGACCUGUAUGGAAAGGUCAAGUUCACAGAGGAGGAGAUCGACAACAUGAAGCUGGAGCUGGAUAAAUAUGGGAUCCAGAUGCCGGCAUUCAACAAGAUUGGAGGAAUUCUGGCCAAUGAGAUGUCAGUGGACGAGGCUGCAGUCCAUGCGGCGGUGAUCGCCAUUAACGAGGCGGUGGACAGAGGUCAGGUGGAGGUCACGGCGGCGGCGCUGAGGAACCCUAAUGCCCUGCUCAGUAACCUGCAGGAGGCGCUGAUGAGCGUCUACCAGGAGAUGCUGCAUCAGGCCAAGAGGAGGAAAGAAGAGCAGGCAGCCAGCAAGUGUGGAGGUCCAGAGGAGAAGGAUAUCUAUGAGGAGUUCCUGACUCAGAGGGAGAUCCAGGACAACAUCAACAUGGUGAACAUGCGAUCGGCGGUGGAGCAGGUGGAUGAAGCUCUGGACUCUGUGGAUGAACUGUCUCUGCUCUCGGCUCUGCAGCUGCCAUGUUUGGCCCUCAGGGGCCUCCGUACUGACAACGGACCCUGGUACCUGGACCAGCUGUCAGCAGACCGCCAGCAGAAGGCCCUGGACCAGGGCUGUGUUGAUCCUCUGGAGCCUGAUGAGCUGCAAGAGGGCGUGACCAUAGCCAACCGGGACGCUCAGAGAGCCAGAACCGUGCAUGCAGCGGUGCAGAGCGUUAAUGCGUCGCUGCGUCUCAGUGACUGCAGACACACGGUCAGCUGUCUGAUGAACUCUGACCUCCAGCUGCCGGAAGUGUUUCCAUUCGCUGCGACUCUGUACCACCGAGAGCUGCAGCUGCUGCAGAGACAGACUCCUGAGGGGGAGCUGCAGCAGGAGGAGCUCUUUGUUGCCGUGGAGAUGCUGUCGGCUGUCGCUCUCAUCAAUCAGGCGAUAGAGGCGGGACAGCUACAACAGUUCUGCUCCUCAUUGGUCAGUCCGUCUGCAGGACUUUCUGAUGUAGACCACACCCUGCUGGACAGGUACUUCCAGAGUCUGGUUGGUGUGAAGCAGCAGGCGGGCAGAGAUCUGCUGACCUGGAAUCAGCUGCAGGAAGGAAUCAACUGUGUGAACAACACAGCGCAGGACGAACACCAGCAGCUGCUGGCUGUGGGUCAGAUCAACGCCGCUGUGGUCAGAGGAGACUCUCAGCAGCUGCUGGUGGCUCUGAUGCUGCCCUCCUGCGGCGUGGACGAGGUUUUACCUGCAAACGCCUGCAGAUACCUGAUCCUGCUGAGCAGAGCCAGGCAGCACAAAGCUCAGGUGAGCAGAGACCCGGGAGCAGACCUGUGGUUGGCUGAUAUCCAAGAGGCAGUGAGCAGAGCCAAUCAGCAGAGUCAGAGAGCUCUGAAGCUGUGUCUGUCAGUAGCAGCAGUGAAUCAGGCCGUGAAGGAGAACAAAGUGAACCAGACUCUCCGUGUUCUGGCGUUACCUGAGGUCCAGCUGCAGGGCGUGAUUCCUGCCUGUGCAGCAGAUUAUCAGAGAGACCUCCACAGCCUGAUCACAGACCGGAUACACAGAGGAGACAACCGGAGUCCGUGGGUUCGAUUCCGACUGGACGACGGCUCGUUCUACUACUUUCACCUGAACAGACUGGAGGGCACCUGGGAGAAACCCAGCGGCUUCGUACACAACAGCGUGUUUCUCGACCAACACCAGAUACAGAAAGUAGUCAGCAGCGUUUCAGGCUCAUACAGCCGCAGCGUCCUCUGGCGGAGCAGUGAAGCCCUCGUCGUUGGUCUGCAGGCUGUCAGUCGAGGGUUCCUGAUCAGACAGAAGCUGGAGGCCAGACGGCGUUACCUGAGCAGUCAGACACCUGCUGUCAUCGUCAUCCAGUCCCAUUGGAGGAGGUUCACCCGGCAGGCGGCAUACAGGCGGCGGCUGCAGUUUCUCUACAUGAACUGGAGAGCUGUUGUCAAGAUCCAGUCGUUUGUGAAGAUGUGGUUGGCGAGGAGGAAAUAUCGAGCUCGACUGCGUUUCUUCAGACGCCACGUGGGUGCUGUCAUUAAGAUUCAGGCCUUCUUCAGAGCCAACAGGGCUCGAGAGGAGUACAGGAUGCUGGUGCACUCGGCCACGCCGCCCCUGUCUGUGGUCAGGAAGUUCGUGCACCUGCUCGACCAGGGCGACGGUGACAUCAGAGAGGAGGCGGAGCUGCUGCGUCUGAGGGAGGAGGUAGUGAGGAGUAUCCGCUUCAACCGACAGCUGGAGGCAGACCUGGAUCUGAUGGACCUGAAGAUCGGCCUGCUGGUCAGAAACAGAGCCACGCUGCAGGAAGUGGUGUCUCACUGUAAGAAACUGACAAAGAAGAACAAGGAGCAGCUGUCAGACAUGAUGGACGGGGAGAGAAGUAAAGGACUAAAGGCUCUGAGCAGAGAGCGGAGGGAGAGGCUGGAGGCCUACCAACACCUCUUCUACCUGCUGCAGACUCAGCCUCUGUACCUGGCUCAGCUGAUCUUCUUGAUGCCUCAGAGUCGCUCCACCUCCUUCAUGGAGAUGUUGGUGUUCAGUCUGUUUAACUACGGCUCCGACCGCAGGGAGGCCUUCCUGCUGCUGCAGCUGUUCACUGAGGCGCUGCGAUACGAGAUCAGACUGAAGGUGGAGCAGCCUCAGGACGUGGUCACUGGUAACCCCACCAUCAUCAAGAUGUUGGUCAACUUUUAUCGUAACGCUCGCGGUCAGAACACCCUCCGGGAGUCUUUGGGUCCGGCCCUGCAGGAUGUCCUGCUGGACCGAACCCUCAGCAUCAGGACCGACCCGGUGGAAGUGUACAAGACCUGGAUCAACCAGACCGAAACCAAGACCGGACACAAGAGCUCUCUGCCAUACGAGGUUUCACCUGCUGAAGCUCUGAGUCACCCUGAAGUCCAGAGACGCAUCGACAUCGCCAUCAUUAACCUGAGGAACCUGACAGACCGAGUCCUCAAAGCCAUCACCUCCAACCUCCACAAACUACCAUAUGGUCUACGUUACACAGCAAAGGUUCUCAGAGACUCUCUGAAGGCAAAGUUUCCUGAAGCCAGCGAAGACGAACUCUACAAGAUUGUCGGUAACCUGGUCUACUAUCGCUACAUGAACCCGGCCGUCGUGGCUCCGGACGGUUUCGACGUGGUGGACCGGUCCGCCGGCUCGGCCCUGCAGCCAGAGCAGCGUCACAUCCUGGGCUCCAUCGCCCGCAUGCUGCAGCACACCGCCGCCAACAAGCACUUCCACGGAGACGGAUACCACGUCAAAGACCUGAACCAGUACAUCAGCCAGACCCACAGCAAGUUCAGGAAGUUCCUGUUAUGUGUCUGUGACGUUCCUGAGCCAGAGGACAGAUUCAACAUGGACGAAUACUCCGAGCUGCUCAUCGUCAACAAACCUGUGGUCUACAUCUCCGUCAGCGAGCUGCUCAACACGCACCAGCUGCUGUUGGAGCAUCAGGAGGUUUUGGGUCCGGACCCCUCGGACCCCCUCAGGCUGCUGCUGAAGGAUCUGGGAUCAGUGCCCACCCUGCAGGAACUCAUCGGAGAGUCUUCGUCAGCAGAUCCAGAUCCAUCUCAGAGCAGCAAGAUGGAGGUCUCUCUGACUCUCACCAACAAGUUCGACAUCUUCAACGAGUCUGACGACAAACCAGACGCCAGAGGACUGCUGCUCAGCACCAAGCAGCUGAUCAUCGACGUCAUCAGGACUCAGUCAGGUGACUCUCUGGGUGACAUCCUGAGAGCAUCUGCAUCACAUGACCAGGAAGCGUGUCAUGAUUGGCUGAUGCAGCGGCGUGCUCGGCAGGACGCUCGCACACCCGAGAAGAUGAAGAGGAACCAGUCGCUAGUCGCCAACGGCAACCUGAGAUUAGAGGAGAAGAAGAGGAAGAUCCUGAGGAGUCUUCGUCGUCUAGAGGGACUUGGAGUCCUGAGACCGCCUCAGUCUGAAAACCAGAUCCUACAGAUGAUCGCCAAGGACAUCCGUCAGCAGCGCCUGCACCGCCAGCGUCGGGGGGCAGAGCUUCAGAAGCUCCAUCAGACUCUCAGCAGCCUGCAGGCGAAGAGCAGCUUCCACAGCGAACAGGUGGACUACUACAGACAUUACAUCACUUCCUGUCUGGACAACCUGACCGCCACCAGCAAAUCGACUAAUAAGAAGGCAGCAGAGAGCAAAGGGAAGAAGAAGCUUCCUGCUCUGAGCUACAACGCCGCCCGCCUGCAGGAGAAAGGCGUUCUGUUAGAGAUCCAAGACCUGCCCGCUACACAGUUUAAGAACGUGGUUUUUGACAUCGUUCCUGGACCUGAGAAAGGAACUUUCAACGUCAAGGCUCGAUUCCUCGGCGUGGAGAUGGAAGAGUUCCUGCUGAAAUACCAGGACCUGCUGCAGCUGCAGUACGAGGGCGUGGCGGUGAUGAAGAUGUUCGACAAGGCAAAGAUCAACGUCAAUCUGCUCAUCUUCCUCCUCAACAAGAAGUUCUUCAAGAAAUGAACCGAGUGACGCUCUUACCUCAGUCCUUAUCUGUGGUUCUGUAUCCACACAUGCUACAGAGUGAAGCAUCUCUUUAACACUCCCGUCUCUGCAUCUCACUACAGUAUACAGCGUCUUUCUUCAGACCUGAUUGAUAAAGCUUCUUAUGAUCAAAUCAAUGUUAAUGCAGCCAAAGCUCAUAUUAUUGCAUUAUUACAAAAUAGAUGUGUAAUCAUGAAACAGCAAAUACUUUAAACAGUGUGAAGCAUCUACUUCACCCCGUUUUUCUAACUACAUUAUAUUUCUAUAUUUCAUUAUGCAGCGCAGAAGGAAGCAUCUUCUCAACACUCCUAUCUUUGUUGAUAUCUCACUACCUGAUCUGUUAUUGGUCCACUCGUCCGAUAGCUGAUGAUCAAUAACUGAUAACUGAUCAGAAACUGUAAAUAUUUUCUGUCGUUUCUUUGUGAAACUUUUAAAUGUGUUCGACAGUCGUCUUAAUAAAUCUGUUUCACAGCUCUGA